AUGAAUUUUAACUGGGCUAAUGAAUUAGCGAAAAAUGCUCUGAAGACGGCUCAGAAACGUAUCGAUUCUGUACUUGACAUUGCACCGGAAGAUGAAAUAGAAAACGAUGAGAGCGUAAAUAGUAUAGUAAUAUCACCUUUGGAACACGAGAAACAAUCAGAACACCAUGAGGAUUGGGAUGAAGCAAACUCUUCAUUCACUUCCGCAUACGAUGGAACUUCAGGCGUUGAAGUGGUUGAUUCGGAACCUAAUCCUAUUCGUGACAGUCACCAUGCUGGGCUGUUACCGCAUUCACCAUGUUCGAAUUCUCCUGAAGAAGAAUUGGUGUGCAGUGGGGAAGAGCAGGAUAGCACGCGUCCAAAUGAUACCCAGAAACAUAAGGAUUCAGAGCUUCUAGAGGUGGAUAGCAAGCAUUUUGCUGUGGAAAAUUCAUCGUAUAGGAAUGAUAAGAAUCAUGAUGAUACUUUAACACUUAUAUCAAGUGAUUUCGAGAUACUUCGCCAAAGCGAUUCUUGCUCAUUGGCAAGCAGUGCACCGCCGAAGACUCUUCCCUUUUCAUCGCCGGAUGCGUCAACAAUGGAAGCUCACCAACAGGCAAAAGAGGAAUGCAAUAGUAAAUUGGUUAAUUUGAUCAGCAAGCAGUACACCAAUGCUGAAACUGCUCAUUUGAGGACACAAAUUCAGUGUCAAGAAAGGCGAAUUCGUGAUCUACAAUUCCAGAAUCAGAGGUUAGAAGCAAAAUCCAAGGAAUUGCUUGCCCUAAAAGCGAUGCGAACACAGCAAAGCACAACCGAAGCAAAACUCCUGAGGAAAUUAAACGAGAAAGAAACAAAAUUAGCAGAUCUUUUGCUGGAAGGUGAAAAGUUAGCUGAAACGAAUGGAAAAUUGACGAAGGAGCUAAAAAGACUUAGAGCCAGCCUUGCUGAACAAGAACAAUUAACGAAAAAGGGCACCGAGGCUGAAACUGAUCGAGAUCUAGCUCUUGAAGAAGCGAGAAGUCUUGCAGCAGAGGUUACGAAAUUACGAACGACGGUGAAAUCUCUCGAAGGGGAUUUAACGGAAUCAAAAGUAGUGAAUGAAGGUUUAACAACUGAUUUGAAGAGAAAGGACGAUAAGAUUAGUAAGCUACUGGCAGAUGUUCAGCAGUCAGAAACAAGUCGGGAAUUAGCCCACGAAGAAUUGAAGCGAUUGGAAACUGCCUUUGAAGAAGUUUCAAUGAAAAUAAAGCAAAAAGAAAUGUCAUCAAAGAGUAUCGAAGAGAUCACUCGAGGAUUAAAUACAGAUCUCGAAGAAGAGAAAAAGAAAAAUGAACGACAAUCAGCUUAUAUAGAUUCGCUGGAAAAGAGACUAAGUGAAAUGAUGGAAGAACAUCAGAAUAAUGCUGAAAUUAUUGCUGUUGUUAGUGCUCCAUUGCUGGAAUCGAUACAACAUUUAGAAGAAAAAGUUGCGGCAAAGGAUAAGGAAUACGAACAAAUUGUAUGCGAAAAGGAAACAACUAUAAGUGCAUUGAACUCGGAAAAAGGACAGCUUUUACUUGAAAAUGAAGAAGCAAGGAGGGAAAAUGAAAAGGAUGGAUCGGGUGGAAGGGAAGGUUGUAAGAAGCGACUGAAAGUUUCAGUGGUAUGA